GUUCUGGGCUCCUGCAUUCAUCGUCUGCGCAAUGCCCACGGCCAACAACAUGAGCACCAUGGCCGACCUCAUUGGCAGUGGGCGCAGCAUCGCCGCGGCCACUACAGCGAUGCAGCUGAUGGCCGCCCCAGUCAUCCUCGUCGCCUCACUGAGCACGUUACUAUCUCUGGAGGAACAUCUUGGCAACUGA